AUUAAAAUGGCGUUUUUAGAUAUCGAGGAAGAUUGUUUGAUGUCUUCUAUCACGUAAUAUUACAACAAAUGACUCCAGAUUUAAAGCAAGUAGGUAAUGGCAGAAGAUCCAGACAGUGGAAAAAUUGAUAGUCAUGAUGAUGUGAAAACUGAAGGCAGUCAGAAUGAAGACAGAGCAACUGAAGAUGUCCCUCAAGAAAGUCAACAAAGUCAGGAUACUCCUGGCCUCAUUCUGGGAUCGAGGCUGGAAGAACCCAGCAGUGACAGUGCAAUGGCUAGACUUCUUCUUGCCAGCUCCAUGGCUCAGCGAGACAUGGCAGUAAUUGACCGAGAGACACCCUCAAGUGCCCUAAACCUGUCUGUUCCAGAUCAAGGCAGUAAACACCGGUACUCCCCACAUCAAAACUCACUGGUGAGCAGAGAUGUUAGAAGUUUUGGAUCGUCCAAUCAUAGUCAAUCGCCACCUGUGUCUGACAUGCAGCAAAACUCUGAUGGUCUUGCUGUUGGACCGGGGAAUUCUCAAAUCGAUACCAUGCCAUCUGACAUGAUGGAUUAUGGGAAGGAUGCAACGUACAUGCUACCUGAUUCCUCACCAGAGUCAUCCCCUGUGGAGCCGGUGAUGACCAACUUAUAUAAAUGUAGACUUUGUAGCUUUUGUACCUCGACUUACACUCAGCUGCAGUUGCAUAUGCCAAAGCAUGGAGGUGUAAAGGCACUGAAAUGCCACCUCUGUGAUUAUACCACCAAUGACAAGAGUAACUUCCGUCGCCACCGUAGACUUCAUGUUGGAAACAAUCCAGUCAAUGUGCUUAAGUGUGGGAAAUGCUCAUUCUCAACCAUACUGCCUCGAAAAUUUCGAGAACAUUUUGUGCAGGUGCACAAUGAACAUCUUGGUCCAAAUCUUCCAUAUUCUCUGCCCACACACAGCACAUACCCACCCGCAAAUUAUCCAGACACUCACUAUGGAAUCAAUCAACCUGACCUUGGAGGUCAGAACCUACGACAUACAACAGGAAGUGGUAACUUCUCGGCAUCAAAUGCCCUCCAUUCUCUGCUGACUGGAAUCCACCAUCAGGUUCCUACAGUAAACUUUCAACACCAACAGUAUACUGCUCAAACACAGGGACUUCAGACACAGUUUGGAAGCUAUGUGACACCUAUAAGGCAACAGGCCAAUGAGGAAAAUCACUUGGCCUCUAAUUACUUACGCUCAAUAGUUUCAUCAAUUAUGAAUACUCACCCACCUCAAAGGGUACCACCCAGCAGCACUAUAACAUCCUCUGGGUACUAUCUAAGCCCAUCAGGUCGGGAUCAUCCUCAUGUCAGUGUAGCACAACCUACUGUAUUGUCAGAUGGCAGGGGUCACCAAGUUAAAAUUAAAGUUGAACCACCCGAGCGUGAAGACACCCCAGAUGUUUCCAGUUCAGUGAUUCCAAGUCGUCAGCAGGGUUUCCCGGACAGUCUAGGAAGUCUGCCAUCAUAUCGUCUGCAGCAUCAGAAGAAUCUUAUGGGAUUAGAUAGUAAUGAGGCAUCUACUUCUGUGAGGGCAAAUUCAGCAGAAUCAUCAAGUUCAUCUCAGGCCGAGGGACGAUCAAACAGUGUAAACACCACAGUGAAAAUUGAAAUUCAAAAUAGAGGAAUUCAGUGCAAUCUUGCACACAUCAAGACAGAGGCUUGCUUUGACUCAUUUGUUUCUGUAACAGACCAAGGUGUGCAGUGUGAACUGGGACACCUGUCACAGCAUCAAAGGUCAUCAGCCAAUGAAACAGGGUCAAGUUUGCAGUCAGGCAAUCGCUGUCACCAUUGCGGCAUAUCAUUUGAAGAUGAAGUUCUGUAUUACAUUCAUGUAGGUUGCCAUAGCCACACUGACCCAUUUGUGUGUAAUGUCUGUGGAAAACAGUGUGGCAACAAAUAUGGCUUCUAUUCUCACAUUAUGAGAGGUCAUCAGUGCUAAAAAAAGCAUUUUACAGACAAAUGUUCAACUUUGAACUUUUUUUUAAAGAUAUUGUAGUAAUCAUCUGAAAUAUGGAACAUCAAAGUAAUUAUAAUGAAAGCAUUUUGCACUUAAAUUUGUUGUAUUAUGAGUGGACAACUGUUUUGUUCAGUUCAUUAUUUCUUACUCAAGUUUUUGAUCUCAGUGCACAAAUUUUCACAAGAGUAGCUUCCCUUUUGUUUAUCUUGAUGUGAUAAAGAUCUCUACAUAGAUUUUAUUUUAUAACUUAUCAUUGUCAUGUACUGAUACUGAACAAAGUUUUAUUUACUGAUUAGGCAAUAUUUCUAUAAAAAAAGAUUUUUUGGGAGGGCAUUCCUAGGAAAAAUAGCUUACAUGUUUAUAAAUAUCAUAGUACAUCCUGGGUAAGUAGUUUCAUCAUAUUAGUAUAACUUCUAAGUGUUUUGAUUUAUUUUUGAAGUUUAUAGGGGUUCAUAGAACUGAAAUGACAUUUUCAUAUCCAAGCAAUUUAUCUAUAGUUAGAGCUAGCUUGAUCUGCCAUUAUUUAUUGAACUUAAUCAUAAACAACAUGUGAACUAGAUGAUGUGUUUUUGGCCAAAUUUGGUCGUUUAUUCUGCAAUUUUUUAUUUUUCAUUAGAAAAUAUAUUUAUCAUUAGGAUGUAGGUUAGAUUGAAUAUGUUAUUAUUAUAAAGAACAGUAUAUGUACUGAACUUUAUAAUUUAUUUCCAUAUGACGAAUAGUUUCAAAACUAUGAUAACUCUUUCUCUGAAAACAGGCAUCAGAAUUCAGCUAAAAGCAAGAGAACACAUGUACCUUUACAUAUCAUUUGGCCUAUUUUAACCAAACCAUAAAUAGACUACCAAAGCAAGCAAAUGUACACAUUUUUGAUAUGACAAGCAUUACAUGAUAUAAAUUUACCAAACCCGGUUUAAGCAAUAUGCAUGUAUCAUUUAACAUUUUAAGAUUUUUUACUGUGAAAAUAUUGUGGCAGCUGAGAGUUUUCAUCACUUUGACUUUAUUUCAUUGACAAGAUCUUUUACACAUUUUUUGCUCUGUAUUUAUAUUUUCAGUAGAAUUAAUAUACUUAAUUGAGAAAAGAGACUUACAAAGUGGGUGUGCCUUGAUAGAUCAUUUAAUUACUACUUUAUUUCAUUUGAGGUCAUUUAGAGGUCCCAAUUUGUAGAUUUUGAAAGAAAUAAUAUAAUUACUUAAAUAUUUAUAUAAAAUCAUACCAGAAAUAUAAUUUACUUAGUGACAUAGUGAGAUUCUUGAUUAUGAAAACCAAGGGUAAAGUACAGAAUUAUACAGCAAAUGUAUCUUUUAAAAAGUCAAAAAACAAGGCUAUCUAAAGAAGUUGAAGCCCAUGGAUUAACAACCAAUUAACCUUCUAUAAAUAUGAACAAAUUUUCUCUGAAUUUGGCAAAAAUUUUGUGUUGCCCAGUUUUGAUUAAUGAAAUUAAUUUUCACUAAAUAUUUAAACACUUAAUGAUUCAUAUGUUUUGGUAUAACCUGUACAUACAUGUAUCCAUUGAAAUAUGCAUGUGUACAUCAUGUACAUAUUGAUAGUCUAUAUGGUAAUUGAAAUGAAAGGGUAACAAAAUGUCUCUGUUCUUGAUAAAAUUAUUUGAGGUUGUUUCUGAAUAAGUAAGUUUUAAAUUCAAGAUCAUCAUAUCUGUACUAGUGUGCAAGGAUUUAAUACAUAGGUUUUGACUCCAUGUCGAAAAGGUAUGAAUCAGUGAUGCAUAGGAAAAUUAAAUCAAAAUGAAUUGGGGGUGGGGGUCCAUGUGUUUCAUGAAAAUGAAAUUUUUGACUACAUUUUGUUCUUUUUUUUUUUAAAUAUUGUUAUGCAUUUAAUGUACUGUUAGUAUAUAUGUUCUUUGUCCAGUGUUUGUGCAAUACCUAAAGCCAUAGUUAUAUAUAUGUUUACUUAUCAUAGUACAUGUAGCCAAUUCUCUUGAUUUCAGUCCUAUUUUGAUGUGAAAAAAAUUUAAAGAUAUUAACUAGAUUUUAAAUUAUUAAUAUCUGAUAAUUAAACCAUAAAGGAGGCUCUAAACACUGCACACUGAAGAGUUCUAAUUCCAUGGUAGUUUUAUGCUAUAGAGUGACCUGCCCUUAGAUGUAAGAUAAAUGCACAAUUUGUUAAAAUUAAAGUAUUCUUAGAAUUAUAUAACAAGAUAAAGCAAUUGAAUAUACUAUUUUCAGGUGGUUUCCCAUUUUAAGUAAACAACAGUAAUUUCUUUUCACUAAUACUACUUUGUCUUUGAACAUUUUUUUUUUCCUAUUGAAAUAUGACAGGAACCCUCCCUAGAUGUUGAAUAGAAAAACUCUAAUAUGUUCACAUUUAUAUGACAAUUUUCUUAAUGUCCAAAAUAAAAAAUAUUUUUAUUUGUGUUUAGGAUCCCCUUAACUGAAACUUAAGGAUAGGUAGAUAAAAUUUAUAAAUUACAUACUAAGAUAAAGAUUUCUUUAAAGUUCAUAAAAUCAAUAUUUUAACAUUUUGUUCAGGACAGAAUGUUUUAUGUACAGGAAAACUUGCAUGUGCUUAGAUGAUGCAUCCCUAAAGCAAAUGGUUUGUUAUGACACAUCAUUUUUUAAUUGUGCAUGUGUAUUUUGUGUAUGAUUAAAAUCAUUUUAGCUACAUUUUCUGGUGCUUAUAAUCAUGUUUGUUUUUGUUUUUGUUUUUUGCAAUUUAUGCAAUUUUUAGUGUCAUUGUAAUUUUUGUACCAGUAUUUCUCCCUAUGAAAGCCUACCAACAAUUUUUUUUCCCUUUAUAUCAUGCCUCUCCCAAGAUAGUACCUACAUCCAUGGAUCUAUGGAUUCUGAAGAACAUCUUCAUUAGUUUACUUGUAAUGCAGGGACAUGUAUAUAUAGAAUUAUUAGGCAAAUACAAAUCAAAUAUGGUAUCUAGCAAAAUUUUAAGUUUUACUUUUGGAAAACAUUGGCCAAUUCUUUGCUCAUUUACAAGUGCUGUAAUAUUCUGUUGAGUACUUAUGUCUUUUGCAAUUGAUGCACAAAAACAAAGGCAAGGGCAGGGAUAUAUGCAAAUUAUGCAUAAUAGGUGAAUUCCUUUGUAGGAAAUGUUUUUGAUAUUAAUAUGAACAAAAAAAUAUUUUUGAAGUAUCUGCAUUACAAAUUUUAUUAUUGCAGUUUUGCAGUUUUGAAUAUUGCAAACAUGUAGUUACUACUUACCUGUUACUUGUCAGCAGGUCAUGUAAUAUCUCUUUUUU